UUUCUAGUUCUGCGUAUCGCAAAAUUUAGUGAAAUAGAAUUUGAGGGAGAAGUAAAUAAUGAGUGCUUGAUGACGUUCUAAACAAGCGCGUGUUUUCGUAAGGCUCUAAUCAGGUGACUUGUAUCAUGUGACAACAAUGACAGCCUUAUAUGACUUAAAUGUCAAGUUGCGUGAAACGAUAUUAUGCUUCGCACGCUUAUCUUUAAUUACAUUAUAAUUGAAAUUGGGUAGGAAUUAUUUCUCCAGUCAAAUAGAUACCCGUUUCCUCUAAGUUCUGAGAUUUGUUAUGGCAUCAGUUUGUCACACUCAAGUGUAUUUCAUUAAGUUUAAUGUAAUAACUGAAAAAGCGCCGUGUUUCUGGAAGGUGGUUUAACUUCAAUGGGAAGUUUUUUGUUGUAGUUAAAAUUGCAUCUUAAUGGUGAUGAUCAGAGUUUUUUUAAGGUUCGCAAAUAGUCAAAACUUAUAUACGAACUCGAAGAUUAUGCUUGCAUUCUCGCUAGUGAUUAAUAAGAAGCAGAACCACGUUAACCUGAACUGAUUUCUGUUUGGUAAAACCGAUUACGGAUAAGUGACAUAUUUUAACCAUGUUGGAUUUUUUGGCGGAAAAUAAUCACUGUGGUCAAGCGAUUCUCGGUAUUGUGUCCCGUGGUAAUGCUAUUAUUGCGGAGCUGCUGAGGCUUUCAGAGUUUGUACCUAAUGUUUUUAAACUGAAGGAUAAGGUUGACCAACAGAAGUAUGGAGAUAUAAUAUGCGACUUCAGUUAUUUCAAGGGUCCUGAAUAUUAUGAAAGCAAGCUGGAAGCCAAGCCUGAGCUGCAGGAUUUAGAUGAAGAGUUUCGGGAAAAUAACAUUGAAAUCCUGACAAGAUUUUAUUUGGCAUUUGAAAGUGUCCAUAAAUACAUUGUAGACUUAAACAGGUAUUUGGAUGAUCUUAAUGAAGGUGUUUAUAUUCAGCAAACUUUAGAAACUGUACUCCUAAAUGAAGAUGGAAAACAGCUUUUGUGUGAAUCACUUUAUUUGUAUGGAGUUAUGCUACUGGUCAUUGACCAGAAGAUUGAAGGAGAAGUACGAGAGAGGAUGCUGGUUUCUUAUUACAGAUACAGUGCAGCACGAUCUUCUGGGGACACAAAUUUAGAUGACAUCUGCAAGCUGCUACGCAGCACUGGCUAUUCUAGUCAGCCAGGAGCCAAAAGACCUCCUAAUUAUCCAGAAAGUUAUUUUCAGAGGGUCCCAGUCAGUGAGACUUUUAUCAGUAUGGUCGUUGGUCGACUUCGUUCGGAUGAUAUAUACAACCAGGUUUCAUCCUAUCCCUUGCCAGAACACCGUAGUACUGCUCUUGCUACCCAGGCUGCAAUGCUUUUCAUCUGUCUUUAUUUUGACCAGUCCAUUCUCAAUACUCAGCAAGCAAAGAUGAGAGAAAUAGUGGAUAAGUAUUUUCCAGAUAACUGGGUCAUUAGCAUCUACAUGGGAAUAACUGUGAAUUUAGCAGAAGCAUGGGAGCCCUACAAAGCAGCCAGAACAGCCCUGAAUUACACACUGGAUCAAGCAAAUAUAAAAGAGCAGGCAAGUCGAUAUGCAGCAAAUGUUGAGCGGUUGCACCCUCAAGUACACCAGUUUCUAAAAGAAGGUUACUUGACAGAAGAAGUCAUUCUCGACCACAUUCCCAAAUUGCUGAACUGUUUAAGAGACUGCAAUGUUGCAAUUCGAUGGUUGUUACUCCACACUGCUGAAACAGCCUAUGACUUGAAUAACAAACGUUUACGUCAGAUUAAGGAGCAAGUGAUAAAUGACUGCAGGCACAAUCCAAAAAUCCUUUUCCAGUUCUUGUUGGAUACUGCACAGUUUGAAUUUGUCUUGAAAGAGAUGUUCAAGCAGAUGCUCUCAGAAAAGCAAGCCAAGUGGGAAAACUAUAAAAAGGAAGGUUCUGAAAGAAUGGCUGAACUUGCUGAAGUUUUUUCUGGAGUAAAACCCCUUACUAGAGUGGAGAAAAAUGAAAAUCUCCAAGCUUGGUUUAGAGAAAUUUCAAAGCAGAUCUCUUCUUUGAACUACGAAGACUCAACAGCAGCAGGGAGGAAAACCGUUCAGCUAAUACAAGCCCUGGAAGAAGUUCAAGAGUUCCAUCAACUUGAAUCCAAUCUUCAGGUGUGUCAGUUCCUAGCAGAUACCCGCAAGUUCCUACAUCAGAUGAUUCGAACUAUAAACAUAAAGGAAGAGGUGUUGAUCACCAUACACAUAGUAGGAGACCUCUCUUAUGCCUGGCAGCUGAUUGACAGUUUUACAUCAAUCAUGCAAGAAAGUAUCCGAGUUAACCCAUCGAUGGUAACUAAACUGAGAGCAACAUUCCUGAAGCUUGCUUCUGCUCUUGACCUGCCACUGCUUCGUAUAAAUCAAGCAAACAGUCCUGAUCUGCUCAGUGUGUCCGAGUUUUAUUCGGGAGAGCUGGUGUCCUAUGUUAGAAAGGUUCUGCAGAUCAUACCUGAAAGUAUGUUCACCUCUCUUGCCAAGAUUAUUAAUCUUCAAAUCCACAAUAUAAUUGAAGUGCCUACACGCCUCGACAAAGACAAACUUCGAGACUAUGCCCAGCUCGGUGCACGAUAUGAGGUUGCUAAGCUGACGCAUGCCAUUUCAAUAUUUACUGAAGGUAUUCUGAUGAUGAAAACUACUCUAGUUGGCAUCAUAAAGGUGGAUCCAAAACAAUUACUGGAAGAUGGAAUAAGAAAGGAACUGGUUAGAAGGGUAGCGCUUGCUCUUCACAGAGGACUCAUCUUUAAUCCUAAAGCUAAGCACAGUGAGCUUAUGCCAAAACUUAAAGACAUGAAAGCAACAAUGGAUGGAUUCUACCGUUCUUUUGAAUAUAUUCAGGAUUAUGUCAGCAUAUAUGGAUUGAAGAUUUGGCAAGAAGAAUUGUCUCGCAUGAUCAACUAUAAUGUGGAGCAGGAGUGCAAUAGCUUCCUGAGGACAAAGAUUCAAGACUGGCAGAGUGUUUAUCAGUCGACUCAUAUACCCAUUCCUAAAUUCCCACCCGUGGAUGAGUCUGUAACUUUCAUAGGUCGUCUUUGUAGAGAAAUACUGAGGAUCACAGACCCAAAAGUAACAUGCUACAUUCCUCAACUGAACACAUGGUAUGACACGAGGACUCACCAGGAAAUUACCAACAAUCUGCUCUUCUCUGAAAUUCAAGGCACUUUAGGGACAUUUGGCUUAAAUGGCUUGGAUAAGCUUUUGUGUUUUAUGAUCGUGAAAGAACUUCAGACAUUCUUAGGUAUGAUACAGAAGACAGUACUGAAAGACAGAACUACAGUGGAUGCAUUUAAGGCACUGCUUCAUACUGUCAGUCCAGUUAAAGGCAUUGUGGCAAAUGCUAACAAGGUGUAUUCUGCUGCUGUUACAAAAACUCAAAAAAUGUGGACAGCCUAUUUGGAUGCAAUCUUAAAGGUUGGACAGAUGCAGAUUUUACGAGAACAAAUUGCAAAUGAGUUGCGUUACUCAUGCAAGUUUGACUCUAAGCAUCUAGCAGCUGCACUGGAAAAUCUUAAUAAAGCGCUUUUAGCUGACAUUGAAGCACAUUACCAGGAUCCUUCACUGCCAUAUCCUAAAGAAGAUAACACACUCCUCUAUGACAUAACUGCAUAUCUUGAGGCUGCAGGCAUGCAGAGUCCACUAAACAAGAUUUACAUUACCACCAAACGACUUCCCUAUUUUCCAAUACUAAACUUCUUAUUUCUUAUUGCCCAAUUUCCAAAGCUUCAGUACAUCAAAAACCAAGGAAUGGUAUGCAAGAAAGCAGCUGAUCAAGUUGAUUGGCCUCCUUUGGUCCUGGGUCUCCUUACAUUGCUGAAGCAGUUCCACUCACGUUAUACAGAACAGUUUCUAGCAUUAAUUGGCCAGUUUAUUCGCUCGAACAUGGAGCAGUGCACAAGUCAGAAGAUACCUGAAAUGCCUGCAGAUGUAAUAGGAGCCCUGAUGUUCCUGGAAGAUUAUGUUCACUAUACAAAUCUGCCAAGAAGGGUUGUGGAGGCACACGUCCCUAGCUUCAUCUUUGAUGAAUUCAGAACUAUUCCAUGAGUAAACAUUGAGGAAACUUACCUGAAUGUGUUCAUCACAAUUGCUCAUCAUUCUAUGUUAGCAAUAUUUUUAAAACUUCAUUUAUGUGAAGUCCUAGAAGCACUUUGUAGUAUCAUCCAGUAUCUUGUUGAAGUUUUAUACAUGUGUAAAUUAUGUAAUUCAAAAAAAAUCUUUAUAGCAAAGCACAUGCAUUCUUGUAAAGAAAAGUAUACAAAUUACUAAAUUACAUUUAUAGUUAAAAUAAAAACAAUUCUUUAA